CUGGAGCCCGCGAGCCCGGAGGAGGAAGAGGAGGAGGAAGGAGGGGAAGCCGUGGCGCUCUGGGGUCCUGGGCACGCACGCUUCGCCCGCCGCGGCCGUGCCUCCAGCCCGGGGCCCGCACCUCGGCCCAGCGGACCCGCCUGGUGGGCCCCACGCCGCGUCUGGGCCCACCUCCUCCUCGGUGUCCGGACGCGGGAGGAUGCCUGUGAGCCCCGAGGAGAGGACGCCACCAGCCCGCGCCGCUCAGACACACCGGGCCGUCGGCGGGCCCUGACCCGAAGGGCCGGUGGAGCUGGAGGCGCGGGGUGCGGCUGUCCGGGCGCCCGGGCGGAUGGAGACGGAGGCCGUGGUGGCGCAGGCGCGCAGCGGGCGGACGACGAGCGGCGGCCGGCCGUGACUGGGGCGCCCGCUCCCAGCCCUGGCGGUGCGACCAUGCGGCCUGGGACAGGACGCCGCUGAGACUGCGGGCCCCCUCCCUGCCUUCCCCCCGGGGGCUGCCGCCCAGCCCCCCACCCGGUCCCCCUGGGCAGACGCAGCGGGGUCUCCCGCCAGGGCGGUCCCCAUGGCCCCCUGCCGCUGGGGCGCGCUGUGGCUGUGCGUGGCGGCGGCCACCCUGCUGCACGCGGGCGGCCUGGCCCGCGGCGACUGCUGGCUGAUCGAGGGCGACAAGGGCUUCGUCUGGCUGGCCAUCUGCAGCCAGAACCAGCCGCCGUACGAGGCCAUCCCCCAGCACAUCAACAGCACCAUCGUGGACCUGCGGCUGAACGAGAACCGCAUCCACAGCGUGCAGUACGCCGCGCUCAGCCGCUUCGGCAACCUGACGUACCUCAACCUCACCAAGAACGAGAUCGCCUACAUCGAGGACGGCGCCUUCGCCGGCCAGUUCAACCUGCAGGUGCUGCAGCUGGGCUACAACCGGCUGCGCAACCUCACGGAGGGCGCGCUGCGCGGGCUGGGCAAGCUGGAGUACCUGUACCUGCAGGCCAACCUCAUCGAGGUGGUCACGCCCGGCGCCUUCUGGGAGUGCCCCAACAUCGUCAACAUCGACCUGUCCAUGAACCGCAUCCAGCGCCUGCACAGCGCCACCUUCGCCGGCCUGGCGCGGCUGUCCGCCUGCGAGCUCUACAGCAACCCCUUCUACUGCUCCUGCGAGCUGCUGGGCUUCCUGCGCUGGCUCGCCGUGUUCACCAACGCCACGCAGGCCUACGACCGCAUGCAGUGCGAGGCGCCGCCGCCCUACGCCGGCUACUUCCUGCUGGGCCGCGGCCGGCACGGCCAGCGCAGCAUCCUGGGCACGCUGCAGGCCGUGUGCACGCACGGCGACUACGUGGCCGAGCCCCGCCCCCCGCCCGAGCGCCCGCCCUCCCUGCCGCCGCCCGAGCCCAGCGAGGCGCCCUGCGCGGAUGAGGACUGUUUCUCCGGCGACGGCACCACCCCGCUGGCGGCCCUGCCCACGCUGGCCACGCAGGCCGAGGUGCGCCCCCUCCUCAAGGUCAAGCAGCUGACGCAGAACGCGGCCACCCUCACGGUCCGGCUGCCCAGCCCGUUCACCCGCAUGUACACGCUGGAGCGCUUCGACGCCGGCCGGCCGGCCACCGUCUCGCGGCUCACCAAGCCGCAGGAGGACAUCCGCCUGACCGGCCUGCACGCGCUCACCAACUACACCUACUGCGUGGUGUCGGCCAGCUCGGGGCUGCUGCACAACCACACCUGCCUCACGCUCUGCCUGCCCAAGCCGCCCAGCCCGCCGGGGCCCGCGCCCAGCCCCUCCACCGCCACCCACUACAUCAUGACCGUGCUGGGCUGCCUCUUCGGCAUGGUGCUGGUGCUGGGCGCCGUCUACUACUGCCUGCGCAAGCGGCGGCGCCAGCAGGAGAAGCACAAGACGGCGGCGGCCGCGGCGGCCGGCAGCCUGAAGAAGACCAUCAUCGAGCUCAAGUACGGGCCAGAGAUGGAGGCGCCCGGCCUGGCCCCGCUGCCCCAGGGCCCGCUGCUGGGCCCCGAGGCCGUGACCCGCCUCCCGUUCCUGCCGGCAGCCGGCGGCGAGGCGCCGCCGUACAAGCUGGUGGAGAGCGAGACGCCCAAGGGCGGCAAGGGCGCCUACCUGGAGGUGCGCACCGGGGAGCCGGCCGAGCGCCCGGGCCCCGACAGCCAGAGCUCCGUGGCCGAGAUCUCCACCAUCGCCAAGGAGGUGGACAAGGUGAACCAGAUCAUCAACAACUGCAUCGACGCCCUCAAGGCCGAGGCCGCCUCCUUCCCCGGCGGCAAGUCCGGGGCCGCGGCCGCCGCCGAGCCCCCGCUGGUGCUGCUGUCCGAGCCGCCGGCCGGCAAGCAGGGCUUCCUGGCGCCCGUGUACAAGGACGCCUUCGCCCGCGGCCUGCAGCGCCACCACAGCGCGGAGGCGGCCCCCGGGCCCCCGCGUCCCAGCACCUCGUCCAGCAGCUCCUCCCGCAGCCCCAGGGCCUUCUGUGCCGAGGCCCCCGGCGCGCACAAGGCCGCCGCGGCCGAGGCCAAAUACAUCGAGAAGAGCUCGCCCGCCGCUGACGCCAUCCUCACGGUGACGCCCGCGGCCGCCGUGCUGCGGGCCGAGGCCGAGAAGGGCCGCCAGUACGGCGAGCACCGGCACUCGUACCCCGGCCCCCACCCCGCCGAGCCGCCCUCGCCGCCCGCGCCCCCGCCCCAUGAGGGCCCAGGCGGCCGCAAGGCGUCCAUCCUGGAGCCGCUGACCCGGCCGCGGCCCCGCGACCUGGCCUACUCGCCGCUGUCCCCGCAGUACCGCCACCUGAGCUACACCUCCAGCCCCGAGUACACCUGCAGGGCCUCCCUGGGCAUCUGGGAGCGCCUGCGCCUGAGCCGCCGGCGGCACAAGGACGACGAGGAGUUCGUGGCAGCCGGCCACGCGCUGCGCAAGAAGGUCCAGUUCGCCAAGGACGAGGACCUGCACGACAUCCUGGACUACUGGAAGGGCGUGUCGGCCCAGCACAAGUCCUGAGCCCGCGGCCGUGCCGCGCCCGUGGGCCGCCCACCGGACCAAAAAGGACACGAGACCCACCGCGGGCCUCCGUGACCCAGAGACUCUCGCGCACCGCACACACGCUCUCGCGAACUCUGUCUCACAACACACAGACACGCACACACACACACACACGGACUCACGGACUCUGCCUCUCACAGACAGACUCACACACACACACACGGACUCUGUCACAGACACACACAGACUUAUGAAGUCUGUCUCACACUCAGACACCCACUCACAGACACCACACACGGACUCAAACUCACACACGGACUCACAAACUCUGUCUCACAUGGACUCACGGACACACACACAUGGACUCACGGACACACACACAUGGACUCACAGACACACACACGGACUCAGACACACACACACACACGUCGGCAGGUGAGGCGCGGGCCCCACGGAGAGAGCGGGGGAUGGGGUGGAGGUGCCACUGACACCGACAGCAGCAGGUGGACCGGCGGGGGGACACCGCUCUGGCGUGAGCGGCCUGUCCGCACACGUGGGCAUACACUGCACACACACACACACACACACACACACACAAAGGGACUUCGGAAAACUGUGUCUUAGGGAUGGGGGUGGGGGAGGGGAACUUUCUUUUUCAGUAUUUUUCCUGUUUUGACUCUUCUCUGCCUUCUUUUCCUCUCUCUCCUUCCUUUUUAAAAAAGAUGUAAUAAAAGUGAAGUUCUCUCGAAAAGACGACGCAGGGCGUCUGAGGAGCGAGGCCCCGGCCCCCGCGUGGUCUCCGCCAUGGUCUGCCGUGGUCUCCGCCGCCGUGGCCUCCCAUGGACUGUGCAGUCGUCUCUCUGCCGCCACCGGCGGGGCCACCAAGGAGCAGCGUGACGCAGGCGGCCAGGCGGCCUCUGGACGUGCCGGGGCCUCGGGGUGGGGGUGCCUGCGGGUGCUGAGUGUCGUCAGCUCGAUGUACAGAAGAAAUCUCUCUAUAUUUGCAACGUUUGCUGUAAAACGAGAAAGAAAAAAAAGACUAUGUCUACUAAAAAAAAUUCUGCAAAGGAGAAA